AUGGAGCAGAAAGUCUCCGAGACGGAAUUUGCAAAACGUGAAUUGGAUGACAUGUGGAUUAUUAAUCGAUUUCAACAUCCCCUCGCAACAGACGAAGCAACAAAUACGACCAAGGACAUACUGCUCCCAUGCUCUAACAUACUUGAUGCAAUGCUUCACGGCGACAUGUCUCAACCGGCUCAUGCGUCAAAGACCCGAACUCGUACUGGCUGCGCCAACUGUCGCCAGAGUCGGGUCAAGUGUGACGGAGAGGAGCCCUGCACGCGAUGCUGGCAGAAAGGCUGGCAAUGCACCAGGGAAAAGUUGACUCUCAAAUGGAAAUCAGACUAUCAGAGCCGUGGAUUGGCCUUCGGUCGGGAAGGAGUCUGGGGGAAAGGACCCUCGUCGAAGAAAAAGUCCGGUGUCAUAUCAACCGGGAAGCAGAAUUGGUCUCCCAAUAGCACCGUGUAUCCGUGGAGCUUUGUCAAUCAGGAUAUCUCAACAAUGGAGUGGCUUUACGAUGAGAAAGGAGCCCCCCGAUACCCGCCAUCUAUGGAGAUCAGUGUGAUCCGUCCGAAGCGCGACAGGUUCGGAGUGGCAGAGCAGACUCCUUUGUGGUACUCGCCGCCUGUAUUUCCCUACCCACAAGCGCAGAAGCACGCCGUCAUGGUGGAGUAUUUCAUCGAUCAGGUCUGUCCUCGAACGACGUCUAGUCUAAAGAUCGCUUCUCCUUUCACGUCUGUGAUCCUACCAUUUUGCUUGAACGGCUCGGAGAACGGACUCGUGGCGCUCCAAGCACUGGCCGCGUGCUACUGGUCCCAAUCUAACCCCGUGCAUACAAGCACCGCAGUGCGAUUAAAGUCCCACGUUCUGGGAGAAUUGCGCCGCAGGAUUACGGCUGAGCCGUCGUAUACCAUCUCCCCGGAUCCCGAAGUGCUGGUCCUGAUGAUGAUGCUGAGUCUAUACGACAUAGUCGACCAGUGCGACAAAGGAUGGGUCGUCCACCUCCAAGGCGCGAAGGAUAUCAUCCGGCUUCGGAGGAGAAACCUAUCCAACCAAACGCAGUGUCCAGUGACGGCCUUUGCAGAACUAUUCUUUGCGUUCCAGGAUGUCAUGGGCCGCACUGCGUGUGCCAAGGCAGAUUUGUUCGGUCCUUCUUUCUGGGAUCAGACUGACCGUUCCGUCAACCCGUGGAUGGGAUGUAGCCCUGAGCUGGUUUCUAUCCUCUUUGCGAUCCUGGAUCUCAGUCGGAUCCGCCCCAAGAUAGACACCGUCUUAGCCGAGGAGGUAGACUUCAGCAUGAGAGCUUCUGCAUUGAAUCGAAGAUUGGGAGGCCUCGUGCAAGUCUUAGCUGAUCCCGAAGACCGUGCCCUCCAGGCGGUUGCUGAUCUCAAACGGUUGGCAUGCACCAUCUAUCUGCACUGCGCCUUGUACAACGCAGAGCCAUCUACCCCAAUCGUUCGCAGUCUCGUUCGCAGGAUCAUCCAGCAAUUAUCCGCCUUGCUCAAAGAGAACCUCAUUAUCAAUGCGACAUGGCCUAUCUUCGUCGCUGCCGUCGCGCUGGAUCCUGCGGAUGGAGAGAAUUGGCCAGACCCGGUCACCGGGGAGUUGGUCUGCGGACGAGCUUUGGUCCUGAGAGCAUUGGCGACGAUGGCCCAGUCCACCGUCACCAGUGUGGCGCGCGUCCGCUCCAUCAUUGAAACGGUUUGGCAGUCGCGAGACCGUGAUUUAGCCACCGGAUUGUCCGGCCGGCAAUCCUCGCAGCACAAUGACUGGGAAUGGUAUGUGGUGCCGCUGAGUGACGCACUGAGCCUGGCUGCAACCCCUCUACAGAGCAAGCAGGUCUCAAGACUUACAGCAAAGACUCUGACCCGUCAUUGAACACACCACCCACCCUCGGCGGUUGGUUCCAAGUCCACAGACUCCGCAGCCUUCAGCUACCUGUGCGGUGAUGGCCUGCAAGAUCCGCGCCUUGCCACGUACCCCGCUACCUCUUAUCAACGCAAUCCUGAAGUAGCGGCUGUUGGCUUUGAAAUCGCGCAUGCUCACCCAGCUGACAACUCCCUGCAUUUACUAUUUACAUAUACAAAUCUUGUGCCAGUUUAUACUCUCACAGCCAUGCCUCCUUUCAUCACCCUCGAAGAGCACUAUGCCUCGCCAAAAGUGCGCGAAGCCAGCGAAGAAGCCCGUGCGCAUUAUGCCAACUUUCCACCUGCUAUAAUGUCCAAGUUGGAGUCCCUGGGGGAGGAUCGUAUCCAGGAUCUCGAUAAAGGAAACGUGUCGCUCCAAGUCAUUUCCCACGGUCCGGGGAAUUUAUCGCCCCUUCUCUGCUCAGAAGUAAACGACGACCUGGCGUCUGCCAUUGCCAGAAAUCCCACUCGAUUAGCGGGAUUCGCCAUGCUGCCGAUGAGCGAGCCUGCUGCAGCUGUCGCUGAACUCGAGCGCUGUGUGACGAAACUGGGCUUCGUUGGAGCUUUAGUGGACAACCACCUGGAAGGGCAGUUCUACGACGACGAACGCUUUUGGCCCAUCUUUGAAAAAGCGCAGGAAUUGGACGUUCCGAUCUACAUCCACCCGACAUUCGCGUCCGACUCCAUGAUGGAACAUUAUAAAGGGAACUACAGCGACUCGGUGGCGCUGGCGUUGAGCGCGUUCGGCUGGGCCUGGCACGCCGAGACCGGACAUCAUAUCCUGAGGUUAUUCGCCAGCGGUCUCUUUGAUCGCCUGCCCAGAUUGAAGAUCGUGAUUGGACACAUGGGUGAGCUGCUACCUUUCCAAUUGGAUCGUGUUUUUGCGAUCUCGGACCGAUGGGGCAGAGAGAGAAGUUUUCGAGAGGUCUGGAGGAACAAUAUCUGGAUCACGACCAGUGGCAUGUUCUCGUUAACGCCGCUGGCUUGCCUUCUGCAAACCACUUCCAUUGAUCAUGUGUUGUAUAGUGUUGACUAUCCGUUUUCGCCGAAUGAAAAAGGAUUGCGGUUCUUUGAAGAGAUUGAGGCGAGUGGCCUGAUCGCUGGGAGGGACCUGGAGCUAUUCGCAUACCAAAAUGCAGAAGCGUUACUCAAUGUCAAGGCGAUCCAUGUCUGA